AUGCGGGGCACCAGGGCCCAGCAAUUGGGUCUGGGCUGGAGCGGAGCCUGCCUUCUGGCUGUUCUUCUCUGUUUCAGCUUCUUGCCACUCCAUGCCCAGGACUACACGCCCCUGCAAAGAGCACCACUCACUGUGGGUGUCUGGCCCAUCCCCAAAGGCCCCCAAGCCCAGCAGAAUGUAUGUGGCAGGACCAAUUUCCAAGGGAAGAUCUAUGGCGGUCAGAUGGCCAGUUCUGAGCGGUGGCCGUGGCAGGCCAGUCUGCUCUUUCACGGCAGUCAUAUCUGUGGAGCCGUUCUCAUCGACAAAAACUGGGUAGCCGGUGCUGCCCACUGCUUCCAAAGGUCCCGAAAACCAUCUGACUACCGGAUUCUGCUAGGGUACAACCAGCUGGGCAGUCCCACCAACUCCAGCCGGCAGAUGACGGUGAAUAAGCUCAUCUUGCACGAGAACUAUAACAAGUUCCACCAUCAGGGGAAUGACAUUGCUCUGAUCCAGCUGCACAGGCCUGUGGCGUACAGCUCCUCCAUCUUCCCGGCCUGCGUCCCAGAGAAUACCACGAAGGUGUUUCAAGCUAGGUCCUGCUGGAUAAGCGGCUGGGGGAUGCUCAGAGAGGAUAAGUUCCUGCCAUCACCUUUCCCUCUGCAGGAAGCAGAGGUCUCCCUCAUUGAUAACAAGGAAUGCGAAACCUUCUUCCAUACUUCAGAAAUCAUCGGUCAAUAUAAUGUUAUAAAAGAUGAUAUGAUAUGUGCUGGGGACGUGAAGAACGGAAAAUCCAUCUGCCUAGGAGAUACUGGUGGUCCCCUUGUCUGCUCACUGAAUGGCUCCUGGUAUGUGGUAGGCCUGGGCAGCUGGAGAGCAGCAUGUCUAGAGCCAAUUUCCAGCCCCAACAUCUUCACCAAAGUCUCCUACUAUUCCAACUGGAUCAAGAAGAAAAAGGAAGAGACACCGGACGCCGACCCCUUCUCGGCACCCGCUGACGAGAACGCACCCACUCUGGUCGGCUGGAGGAGUUACAACACUGUCAUUAUUCUCAAACCCAGUGUCUGCAGAGCCCUCCUCUCUUCUCAAGUCCUCCUCCUGCAGUCGAUCUGGUUCCAGAUUCCGUGA